AUGUCGCCUAUCCGAAUUCCCUCAAAUCGGAUAAACAGACUCGCCAUCCUCCCCGGAGAUGAAUCCAGCGCUCAGAUGGUAGCCCUCGCCAGGGAGGUGCUAGGUUUCAUCGAGACCUCGAGACCAGGGGUUGAAUUCGACAUUACCGAAACUCCGUCUGGGAAAACCACUCAUGCUGACCAUCCCCAAUCACUGAGGGUUUCCACCUUGGAGACAUGCCCGAAGGCAGAUGCUGUGGUAGUGUGCGGGACUGGAGAGGAGCAUGUCAAAGGAACCUUGAGCUUGCUUGAACAGGGUGAAGCUUUCGCAAACGUCCAACCUUUCUUCUUUCCCAGUCAUGGACUUGUCUCAACGGGAUCGCUGAAAAACGGCGUCCAAGGACUAGAUAUCUCCUUGGUCAGUGAUGCUACGCACACGAAGACUGGAGGUGAGGUUUCCCGCGAGAGCAUCGAACGGCUGGCGCGUUGGGCAGGAGCUUACGCAUUGCAAUUUUCGCCGCCAAAGCCUGUUCAUUACAUUGAGUCAUUGCCACUUUGGAAUUCCAUUGUUACUGAGGUCUUCAGCAACCAAUUUCCACGUGUCCCACUCCACCAUGUACCGAUGCACGCGGCAGCAACAGCCCUAGAUUCACACCCAACUAGGUUGAACGGCAUCGUCUUGACAACUGGUCCUGAUGGAGAUAUGAUAUCCAAAAAGUCAGGAGAGCUCUUCCAAGGCUUACAGAACCUGCUGGCAUCGGCGACUAUUGUGGACUUACCAAACGAGACCCACAGAAGGAACCCUGUGAUCUUGAGACCGGGUAAAGCUAGUGCGAACGGAGCAGCUUCGGACCCAGUCCCAAUCUUACUGGCCAUAAGCCUGAUGCUUGACUUGGCGUUUGCUCUACCUGCAGAGGCUGUGGCAGUCGCUAGGUCAAUUCGACGCACAUUGGAUCCAAUUGAACUCAUUGGUUGCAAUAUCCGGACCCCCAGUGCUGGUGGUACAGCCUCUCCGGAGGAAUUCAUGAGCAAAUUCAUGACGCAUUUGGACUAUUACAUGGUGGCCGCGAGUUCACAUGUAGCUUCUCGGAAAGGACUGAGUGCCUCACUCUCACCUCUUCCGAUGCACCAAAGGCGUCCAAUGGGUGUAAUCGAGAAGAUAUUGACCCAUGCCGCUGUUGGGCUGAGCCAACCAGAAGUCCAGCCUGGCGAGAUCAUCUGUGUGAAGGUUGACUGGACGUUGACUUCCGAGAUUCUCUGGGCAGGAAUGGAGAAGACAUAUGAGCAAAUGGGAAGACCUCGUCUGCAUCGCAAUGACCGGAUGUGGCUGGCGAUCGAUCAUACCGUUGACCCUCGCACGAAUCAUCGACCCCGACAGCGAGGCUUGAUUGAGAAAGCGGAAAGCUUCCAACGGGAAGCAAAGCUCGUCAACUUCCUCCCUGCCAAUACAAGUAUUCUUCAUACCGAUUUUACGCGCGACCGAGCACUCCCUGGUCAGAUCAUUGUGGGUUGCGAUUCUCAUUCCUGCUCUGCUGGCUGUGUGGGAGGACUAGCUGUUGGCCUUGGAGCUGCAGAUGUCGUCAUGCCAAUGGUAACGGGAGAGACAUGGUUUCGUGUGCCGGAGAUCUGCCGUAUCAAUUUCAUCGGUCAAUUGCCUUUCGGGGUGGGCGGCAAGGACGUGAUCCUUCACAUACUCGGCCUUUUCAAACGAAACACGAUCGCCUUCCAGCGCGCGGUUGAAUACGGCGGUCCGAGUUUGAAGGAGUUAUCCAUGGAUGCCAGGUUCGCCAUUGCAAACAUGACGACUGAAUUCGGCGGGAUGGGCGCGUGUUUCGAAGCUGAUGAGAGCACCGCAGAAUGGAUCUCGCAAAGGCCUCAUCUGGAACAUCAAGGGGGCCUCUAUUUCCGAGCCGAUCCCGGCGCUCAGUAUGCUGAAGUGCGCACUGUCAAUCUCUCGGAGGUUGCAACGACCAUCGCUUUGUAUCCUGAGCCGGAUAAUGUUGUGCCCACGUCAGAGAAAGUUGGCACCAGGUUGGAUGGAUGCUUCAUCGGAGCCUGUACCACCACUGAGGAGGAUCUAAUUAUGGGAGGACUGGUUCUAGAAGCUGGCCUGCGAGCGGGCAUGACUCCUGGUGACGGGCAGAGAAGAGUUACACCUGGAAGUCUCAGCAUUAUCAAGAACCUGGAGCGGCACGGAAUCUUGGACAUUUACCGGCAGGCAGGAUUUGACGUCGGAGCCCCGGGCUGCUCGUACUGCGUUGGAAUAAACGAUGUCGAUGUUGCAGGUGAAGGAGAAGUUUGGCUCUCCUCACAAAAUCGCAACUUUCGGAAUCGAAUGGGCAAAGGUGCCAUUGGAAGUAUCAGCUGCGCCACGGUGGUUGCUGCCUCGAGCUUCAACAUGUCGAUAACAGAUCCACAGCCACUGCUGGAUCAAAUUGAUAAAGCGAAAUUGGCCAAGAUUUUGGGAAGUGAGAGAGUCUCGUUGAGUAUUGCCCCCGAGAUUAGCGAGCCUAAUCCAGUACUUGCAUCAAAUAUCGCCUGCGUGGAUGCCAGUAGUAGCGCUCCCGUUCAGACUCCUGCUUCGACCCUGGAUGUGGCGAAGAUCUCUUGUGACGGGGUUAUCCAGUCGAAGGUUCAAAGAUUUGGUGACAAUGUGGAUACUGACGCAAUCAUUCCGGCUGAGUUUGUACCUGGUGUUGAUAAUGCAGAACUUGGAAGUCACUGCUUCGAGUAUGAUCGUCCUGAAUUCCGAAAGCGCGUGACAGAUGGGGCAACGAUCAUCAUCGCAGAUCGUGGGUUCGGCAGUGGUUCGUCCCGCGAGGAUGCAGUCAGAGCGUUGCAAGGAGCGGGCAUCGAAGCAGUGAUUGCGCCUACAUUUGCAUUUAUCUAUGAUCGGAACCAGCUCAACAUGGGCCUGUUCAAUAUCACCCUACCGGAUCCCGAAUUCUACACCCUUGCAAAUGAAGGAUCAAUUGUCAUCAUUGAUCGACGAGCCCAGACAGUACGGAUUGAAGGUACUGAUCGAGUAUUCCGCUAUCAGCAGUCAGAAAUCGAAAGAACACUUCUUGAAGCCGGGGGCGUGCUUCCACUGUAUAAUCGGUUUGGCCGAUCGGUCUUCAGAAAAAUUGCCAGCGCAAAUACAGGCCGCCCAAUGGGCGAUUCAGCUGGCAAAAAUGCACAGACAGUGAAGAGAGCUUUGGACUGGUGA